AUGGACAUCUAUGACCUCUCUAGUGCAGCUUAUAAGAAAGCCAGGCGACAGUACUUGAAGACGACAAAGAAUAGAAAUGAAGACUUAGAUGCAGAAUGGACCCCAUUCCGAGCAGCGGAGAAAAAAUACAAAGCACGUUUUCCCCCUCCCGAUCUUAGCCACGUCUUGGAUUUAACAUCAGUCACUUAUGAUGCUGAAACACUAGCCAGUGAUCGAGGUUUUUAUUGCAACGGGGUUGAGAUCAGACUUCUUGAGACGAAUGAAUCAACGUCUUCUGGCGUCGGUAAAGCAUUCACAGUUCCCCGCGUCCCAGGUCUUGUUAUACUUCCAUCGUUUGUUUCCCCGCAGGAUCAACGUCGGCUAGUGCGAUGGGCUCUUCGUGACCAUGCACGGCAUCCCAACGAGACAAACCUCGAUGCUCAUUAUAUCCUGCCCGAGGAAGGAUUAUGGAAUGCACAUCUCAGUUCAGAUGCACCUUUGGUCAGAACACGAGCAUGUACUCCAGAGUUGUCAAACACGAAAUCCGGAAACUCUGGACCAAGGCAAUUGGUCUCUAAUACACCGGCUGAUCCCGCCAAUUUUCAAUCGAUGCUGCAUUCACCAAAGCCUCUGCCCGCGCCGUCCCCGACUGUUUCACCAGCCUCACCCACUACACUGAUUUCAAAGUUGCGCUGGGCAAAUAUCGGAUGGUCAUAUCAUUGGGGUAGUAAGCAGUAUGACUUCACCAAGGGCAAGGGUCAUGUCGACAAUGAAAUCGGAGCCAUAUGCAAGCGGGCUGUCUCCAGUGUUGACUGGAAAAAAGUUUUUGGUCAAUCGGACGAGGAAGGAUGGAGUGAUGAACAUUGGAGAAGUUGGCAUGAGACAUAUGAACCUGAUGCUGGCAUCGUUAAUUACUAUCAAAUCAAGGAUACUCUCAUGGCUCACGUAGAUCGCUCAGAAGUCUGUGCUACAUCACCUUUAGUUUCGAUAUCGCUGGGCAACGCCGCUAUCUUCCUCAUCGGUGGUCUCACCAGAGACGUGGAGCCAACGGCAAUUCUUCUUCGCUCGGGUGAUGUUGUGAUAAUGUCAGGACCUGCUUGUAGACGGGCCUAUCACGGCGUCCCCCGUAUCUUGGAGGACACUCUACCCGAGCACUUCUCCCUAAAAUUGGAUGGCGAAGGACUCUCUAGUUGGACAUCAUAUGAAUUAUACAUGCGGACAACUCGGAUUAAUAUCAAUGUCCGACAGGUCUUUCCAAAGGGGUUCGAUCCUGGCCUACAAGUGGAAAAUUGA